AGGAGCUUCGCUGUCAUGGCCAGCUGGUUUGUGGAUGGCUGGGGGAGGGAUGGAUGACUCGAUUCCUGGUGCGGCUUUUUGUUGUGCUUUUCUCUUUUUCCCCUUAAUUUUUUCCUUCUGCCCAUCCUGCUCCUGGAGCUGCUAAAGGUCAAGGAAGUGCUGCAGCGACCGCCCUGCAAUGGGAGAAAUCUCUUGCUUUUGGUUCAGCCCAAAGACUUGGGGCUCUGGCAGCGUGCGCUCCCUGCUCUCGAGGCUCGGAGGACCAUAUGUUCCUGCAGCGAACUGCAAUGUCAGUGAUUUGGAAGCAAAUCUUGAAUUUAUAACCCUUAACUACCACUUUCAGCCGGUUCUUUUCAACUACUGUAAAUUAAAUGAGUUUUGAAAUCAAACCCUCUUCGCAGAGGAGACCCCAGCAGCCGUAACGUGAUCUCCCCUGACGUCCCGUCUCGGCCCUCUGCAGAUUCGUCCGUCCGUCCGUCCCUCCUCCCCUCCCGGUGCCUGUUUGAAGUCCUUGGUCUGUUCUGCGGCGUAGGAAAUGUCUGGCUCUGCUCUCUGGUGGCGUUGGACCUGGAGGGGGGCAGCGGAGGAGGACAGGCAGCACAGCUCUGCCUGGCGGGGUUUACAGUAGUCAGUAAAGCAGCGGGAGAGAAGCUCAUGCACUGUAUAAGCUUAAUUGGAAUGUGUGUUUAAAAAAAAAAAAGGGAAAAAAAAAUAAUAUUGGUAGGGGAAAAAAAUACAGAGCAAGCUCUUAAAAAUAUUCUGGGAUCCAAAAUACGAGCUUGCUUCCCCCAAAGCUGGUAAUUAUACUUUUUCCCUUCAGUCCCCUCAGGAGGGGGAAGCCUGGUGGAAGUGGUGGAGAAGGGGAGAGGCGGUGGGGGUUAAGAAGAUCUGACGUGCGAGCGUCUUCCCUGCAACGCUGCCAUACUGUGUCGGAGCAGCACAGUGCCUCUUGUAAAGGAAGCUUUGCACAAAUUGUCCUUGUUCCAAGGAUGAGGAAACCUCCAGCUCUUCUGGCAUUUUCUCUCCAGCAUAACUCGGAGCUGCUUUCACCUGGGAAGUGUGAUAAGCACAGACGGGGAGAGGACUAGAACAGAGAGGGACUGGGAGCAACCUUACAAGGCUUUUCAUGGAGCUCUUGGUGUUAAAUGAGGAACUUUUCCCCUCCUCCUCUCCUCAUUCUCCUGUGUGCCUGCAAAAAUACUCUGGUUUGCAUUUAAAGGAGAAAACUGUAUGUGCUGGGACUAAGCCAACUUGUUUAUUCAAGGGAAAUACCAUAUUUCCAACCCUUUCUUUCUCAGAGGAAGGCUUGACGGAGGAUGGCAGACUGUGCUGAGCAUUAUAUUUUUAGGUGACAUCGAAGCACAGUUGUGAUUCGAAGAAGCUGAAAUCAUGGCUGGCAUUCUGCACUGAGCUGGACGAGACCUGUGCUCCCCUUGCCCCAGAGAGGGGUUAACUUCUUCCUCCUAGACUGCGCGUUCAGAGCAGGUGGAUUUUGACCUAAAUCAAGGCGAAAAACAACAACAAGAACAAUAGCCUGCGACUUUCCACACUUUGCAAUUUCCCUUCUCCAAAUUGGAUUUUUAUUGCGAGGCAGGAGCCCGCCUGCGCCCCGGCGGUGGCGAGGAGCAGGGGCUGCGAGCGACCGUGGUUGCAAACACCAGCUCCUCUCUUACUGUCAAAAAAUGGCAGGUCAGUGUGCGUCUGUAAACAAUGCAGUUAUGAAAUGGCAGCGCCAGGCCGAGCUGAGCAUGCUCGGGAGCUGCCUGUAGGGGGAGGUGAGCCGAGAAAGAUGAUCUAAUUCAGUGCAAUUCUUGGGAUUGAAGGAAAAGACCAGGCUCCACUCUUAAUGACAGAGCAGAAAAAAAGCCCCACGAAGGACGAAGCCCGUAGGCCAUGGAGGCGAGGUGGUGAGGAGCUGCCACCUCUAGGACUUCGGGUGCUGGGCAGCGCUGCGUGCCUUUCUCACCCUCCAGGAGAGUAAAGUCUUGCGAACAGUGCUGAAUAAGGGAGAGACAAGGAAAGACGCCUGCAUGAAGACUGAGCUGCUGAAAGACAUCACCAACAACAAGGAGGAAGGGUUCAAUGCCAUGGCUGCAGAUGAAAGUGCUACAGAAAAGCAAGUGGGGGAACCAAAAAUGGCUGUAGACGGUGAAACCAACGGUUCCUGUGAGCACAGCGAAGCUGGUAGCCACCCAAACCCAGCAAAAAACACUCAGGACAAUAUGAAAGUGAGCCAGCAGGACUCUAGUACUAAAUUAAAUAGGAUAGCAGAAAAUGGCAUUUCGGAACGAGAUGGUGAGACUGGGAAGCAAAACCAUAUGAAAGCUAAUGACUUCACGCAGACUUCUGUAACAGGGAGCAAUGGAUAUAUUCUAACCAAGCAGAUGGCACAGGAGCAACCUCUAAGGACUACCAGCACCUUUGCUUCUCUCACCGGCCAUGCUGCAAAAACCCUUCCAGGAGGAGCAAGCAAAGGGAGGACUGUGGGCACCUUUUCUCAGAUGCAAGCCACGAUGCCAGCCAAGCUUGGGGAGGGCAGUAAGGACAUGGAUGCUAAAAAAGCCACCGCUGCUAACACUGAAGUCAAGGUCCACAGAGCACGGAAGACAAUGCCUAAACCCACCCCUAGCCUGGAUUUGCUUCCUGAACUGGGAUCGAAGCUGAAUCUGAAACAGCAUGCAAGUAAAGACCCCAAAGAUGGGAGAGACAGCAGAGAUCAAAAAGAAUCAAAGGAGGAAGGCAACAAAAAUGUCCUGGAGUUUGGGAAGCCGUUGCCCUUGCCCUCUCUCCCGGGCCUUCACCAGUCACUACCUCAGAACCAGAGCUAUGUGGCCACCACGAAGUCGCAGACGGCUGCUGCAGUAUCUCGGAAGAAAAAACGGAGAAUGGGAACCUAUAGCCUGGUUCCCAAGAAAAAGACCAAAGUGUUAAAACAGAGAACAAUGAUUGAGAUGUUUAAGAGCAUAACUCAUUCCUCUGCGGGUGCCAAGAGUGAAAAGGACCUAGGUGAUGUCAGCCCUCAUGUGAAUGGGGAAAGCAUAGAUGUAGACUCUGAAGAGGAAGACUCUGAUGAGUUAGAAGAGGAGGAUGAUCACGGAGCAGAACAGGCAGCUGCAUUUCCUGCAGAUGAUAACAGGACCUCUAAAGACAGCGCGUCUGACGCAGACAAUGCCAGAAAGAUGGAUGAUGGCGAGUCUGAGGAGGAGCAAGAGUCUGGAGAGUCUGUGGAGGAGGAGGAAGAUGGAGAUGAGUCUGACUUGAGCUCGGAGUCCAGCAUCAAGAAGAAGCUGCUGAAGAGGAAAGGAAAGACGGACAGCCCAUGGCUGAAACCCACCCGCAAGAGGAGACGGAGGAAUAAAAAGAAACAAGCCAGUGUACUAGGUGCUGAAGCCUAUAAAUCAUCUUUGGGAGGCAGAGAGGGGUCAGGCCAGGACAACAGCAUGGAGUACAUGGAGGUGUCUCUGGAUUCCUUGGAUCUCCGGGUGAAGGGAAUUCUCUCCUCGCAGGCGGAAGGUCUUUCCAACGGCCCUGAAGCAAUGGAAGUGGAUGGUCUCCAGGAAGUCCCCCUCUGUAGCUGUCGAAUGGAAACCCCCAAAAGCAGAGAGAUCACCACGCUAGCCAACAACCAGUGCAUGGCCACGGAGAGCGUGGAUAACGAGCUGGGCCGAUGCACAAACAGUGUGGUUAAGUAUGAACUGAUGCGCCCGUCUAACAAAGUCCAGCUUUUGGUGCUGUGUGAGGACCAUAGAGGGAGGAUGGUGAAACACCAGUGUUGCCCUGGCUGUGGAUACUUUUGCACUGCAGGCACUUUCAUGGAGUGUCAGCCUGAGAGCAGCAUCUCCCACCGUUUCCACAAGAGCUGUGCCUCCCAGGUCAACGACACGAGCUACUGCCCACACUGCGGGGAAGAGGCCUCCAAGGCAAAGGAGGUGACAAUAGCAAAAGCAGACACGACCUCAACAGUGUCACUGACCUACGAGCAGCAGAAACCAGCAGCUGUGGAGGGAAGGGCUGACACCACGACAGGGAGUGGCACUGGAACGCGAUUGUCAGAGGAAGACAAGCCAGAAAGUUCGGCUGCUGAGGGGUUUGACUUAGCUGGGUCUUCAGUUUUUCCAAAGCCUACUACUAGCCUGACCCAGGGACCAGUUAAAGAAACUCUGGAAAGUGCCCUGAUUGCCCUGGACUCAGAAAAACCCAAGAAGUUACGGUUCCAUCCAAAGCAGUUAUACUUCUCUGCAAGGCAAGGAGAGCUGCAGAAAGUCCUGCUUAUGUUGGUGGAUGGAAUUGACCCUAAUUUUAAAAUGGAGCAUCAGAGUAAGAGAACCCCUCUCCAUGCUGCCGCUGAGUCUGGCCACGUGGACAUCUGCCAUAUGCUGAUUCAGGCUGGUGCGAAUAUAGACACCUGCUCUGAAGACCAGAGAACCCCACUGAUGGAAGCAGCGGAAAACAACCACCUGGAAACUGUGAAAUACCUUAUCAAGGCUGGAGCACUAGUAGAUCCUAAGGAUGCGGAGGGCUCCACGUGUCUGCACUUGGCUGCCAAGAAGGGGCACUACGAUGUUGUUCAGUACCUCCUGUCCAACGGGAAGAUGGAUGUCAACUGCCAGGACGACGGAGGCUGGACGCCGAUGAUCUGGGCCACUGAGUACAAGCAUAUCGAGCUGGUGAAGCUGCUGCUGGCGAAGGGGUCGGACAUCAACAUUCGAGACAAUGAGGAAAAUAUUUGUUUGCACUGGGCUGCUUUCUCUGGCUGCGUUGACAUUGCGGAGAUACUGCUGGCUGCUAAGUGUGAUCUACACGCGGUGAAUAUUCACGGAGACUCCCCCCUGCACAUCGCAGCCAGAGAGAACCGCUACGAGUGUGUGGUUCUAUUUCUUUCCCGUGGCUCGGAUGUCACUUUAAAGAACAAGGAGGGUGAGACUCCACUCCAGUGCUCCAGCCUUAACUCUCAGGUCUGGGUGGCUCUACAGAUGAACAAGACUCUUAGAGAAUCGUCGACUGACAAGCCCGUCCAGAUAGAGAAGGUAGUGAGCAGAGACAUUGCCCGGGGUUACGAGAGGAUCCCGAUUCCCUGCGUCAAUUCAGUGGACAGUGAGCCUUGUCCUAGCAACUACAAAUACGUUUCGCAGAACUGUGUCACAUCCCCAAUGGACAUCGAUAGAAACAUCACUCAUUUACAGUAUUGUGUAUGUAUAGACGACUGCUCCUCCAGUAACUGCAUGUGUGGCCAACUCAGUAUGCGCUGCUGGUAUGAUAAGGACGGCCGACUCCUGCCUGAGUUCAACAUGGCCGAGCCGCCGCUGAUCUUUGAGUGUAACCACGCGUGCUCGUGCUGGCGGACCUGUAGGAACCGGGUGGUGCAGAAUGGGCUCAGGACGCGGUUGCAGCUCUACCGGACACAAAAAAUGGGCUGGGGUGUGCGAACGAUGCAAGACAUUCCACUGGGAACCUUUGUGUGCGAGUAUGUUGGUGAGCUGAUAUCCGAUUCCGAGGCAGACGUCCGUGAAGAGGACUCCUACCUCUUCGACCUUGAUAACAAGGAUGGAGAGGUGUACUGCAUAGAUGCCCGUUUCUACGGCAAUAUCAGCCGCUUCAUAAACCACCUCUGCGAGCCAAACCUCAUCCCGGUGCGGGUCUUCAUGUCACAUCAGGACCUCCGCUUUCCCAGGAUCGCCUUCUUCAGCACGAGGCACAUAGAAGCCGGAGAAGAAAUCGGCUUCGACUACGGCGACAGGUUCUGGGACAUCAAAGGCAAGUUCUUCAGCUGUCAGUGCGGUUCACCCAAGUGCAAACACUCGAGCUCAGCGCUGGCCCAGCGGCAGGCGAGCACCUCGUCCCAGGACACGCAGGAAAACGGGCUCCCCGACACCAGCUCUGCCACAGCAGCCGGCCCCUUUUGAGGCUCCGCUCCCCAGAGACUGACUUGUUUUAACCCUAUAGAUUCACAUACUGUCUGAAUUUCCAUUUAAAGAGAGAAAACCCGCUCAAGGAAAGCCAAGGGUUCGUGACACUUAGGGCUGUGCCACCGACUGUUACUUGAGGAAUAAGUGAAAGCAAAUCCCACCUCCGUGGCGUUGUUCUCCCCUCCCCGGUCCUGGAAAGCUGCUGGUUUUUACAGUGCGUGCCGAGGGGUGGCUGUUGCGUUUUUUUUCCAUGCAAGCUGUCCCGGCCUCCGUCUCUUAAUGUGCUAAGUGUUGUCAGAGCCAAGGGAGAGCUGCCCGUCCUCCGAAUAUUGUUAAUUGAAUGGAUCGCUCAUGCCAAGUCAUCUCCAGUUCACUUGUAAUAAACUUUGAGUACUU